GACAAAUUUUACUCUUGGUUUAUCUAUAAAUAACAAAGCUUCAAACUUGAAAACACAUCUCAUUAUUCUUCACUGCCACACCUUUUCAUCAUUAUACCUUAUUGUCUAAGUGAAGAAAAAAUAUAUUUCUGCUUUAUUUUGUUAUUUUUUAUUUGCCCUUUUUUACACCAUGACAUAUGCUGUACCAUACUAUUAAAUAUAUUUAUUAUAUUCUUGUUCUUGUCUGAAUUCUUGUUGUUUUUGUAGUUUUGAUUGCAACCCACAUCCCAAAAUGCAAUCUUUUUUGUGGGUUUUGAGUUUCUUGAUCAUCUUUUCAUUUUCGAAUUUUUCGAUACAAGCUGCUGUGGCACCAGCUUGUUCAAGUGCAGACAGAGCUGCACUUCUGGGAUUUAAAGCUAGGAUCUUGAGAGACACUACUGGGAUUCUUGCAUCAUGGAGUACUAGAGAUUGUUGUGAUGGGAAUUGGGUUGGGAUUCAAUGUGAUCCUGCUACUGGGAGAGUUACAGAGAUGCAACUACAAGGGCCAGCAGAUAAAGACAGUGGCUUGUACAUGAAGGGCACCUUGUCUCCUACUCUAGGCAAUUUGCAGUUCUUGGAAGUUAUGGUCAUCACUGGAAUGAAGAGAAUUUCAGGAAGUAUUCCUGAGAGUUUCGCGAAUUUGAGGCGUCUCACGCAGCUUGCUCUGGAAGAUAAUGAGAUUCAUGGGACCAUUCCUGCAGGUUUAGGCCACCUGGCUUUGCUCAAAGCACUCUCAUUGAAUGGCAAUCAUUUGACAGGACAGAUUCCUGGUUCUUUGGGGAGUAUCAGAAGCCUUGCUCAGCUUACAUUAGCCAGAAACACACUGUCAGGUCCUGUUCCAUCCACUUUCAGAAAUUUACAUAGUUUACAGUAUCUUGAUCUUGGCUACAAUUCCUUAUCAGGGUCCAUCCCUGAACUUGUAGGCCAAUUCCAGAACCUCACAUUUCUUGACCUCUCCAAUAACCGUUUUACGGGUCAAAUUUCUAGUUCUUUAGGCAGUCUAAACAAUCUAUUGGACUUGUCCUUGAGCCAUAAUCAACUCUCUGGAACUAUCCCAGUUCAAAUUGGCCGCAUGAAGUCACUUACUAGUUUGUCUUUGAGCGCGAACCUACUCACAGGUCAGAUUCCAGAAUCUAUUUCACAGUUACAGAGUCUCUGGUAUCUUAACUUAUCUAGAAAUGCACUUUCAAAUCCUUUGCCUAGUGCCUUCUCCAAGGGCAUCCCUUCUUUGUUAUCUAUAGACCUGUCCUACAACAAGCUUAGUUUAGGUAAAGUUCCCGGAUGGAUAACAGGCAGGGAACUUUCCGAUGUCCAUUUAGCUGGCUGCAAUCUUGUUGGAACCCUCCCUAGCUUCAAAAAUCCAAACUCCCUGACCUCCAUUGAUCUCUCUGACAACCAUUUCAGUAAUGGAAUUUCAACUUUCUUCGCAAAAAUGUCUAGCUUGCAAAAGGCCAAGAUUUCAAACAACCAAUUGAAAUCAGACGUGUCAGUGAUCACAUUGCCAAGAGGCCUUUCUUCCCUUGACCUUCACUCAAAUCUUUUAUCCGGGCAUCUCUCAAAAAUCCUAAACAACAGCACAACCAGAUUUCUUCAAUCUCUCGACCUGUCCAACAACCAGAUUUCAGGCAACAUUCCUGAAUUACCCCAGAAUUCAAACCUAAUCCUGCUCAACAUCGCGAGGAACAAGAUCACAGGCCACAUUCCCACCUCAAUCUCAAACCUGAUCAAGCUACAAAGGCUAGACAUUUCAAGAAACCAAGUGACAGGCACAAUCCCAACCAGCCUAGGAUCACUGCUGAAGUUACAAUGGCUAGACUUGUCUAUCAACAGACUAAUCGGGCGAAUCCCAGAGAGCUUGCUGAACAUAGAAAUACUAAGGCAUGCAAACUUCAAGGCCAACAGAUUAUGUGGAUUGAUUCCUCAAGGCAGACCAUUUAACAUCUUCCCUGCAGUUGCUUAUGGACAUAACCUCUGCUUAUGUGGCAAGCCCUUGCCACCUUGCAAGGGAAAAAACAAGGAAUCGAGUCAAUGAAAUGCUGACUCAAUUCAAUAUGAGAUGCAAGUUAUUGUACACAUAGACAUAAUGCACGAUAAGCUCACCACUUAAGCUGUGAGCAACAUGUUUUAUUUAUCAAAUUCUAGUUUUUCAGUUCAUUCAUAACUUAUUUACUACUCCCUCUGUUUUUUUUUAUAUGUCACUUUUGACUUGGGCACGUACCUUUAGGUGCGUUGACCGGCUAGCAAAAAUCAUUAUUUUUAAUUGAUUUUUUUUGUGAAUUAAAA